UAGCUCAUGGCACGCUCAUGGAUCUCAGUGGAGGUAUAUAAGGUGGGAGGUGUGUCCCGACCGUCAGUUGCCCGUGUGUCGUCGUCAGAGGAGGAGUACGCUGCUUUGUGUCAUAGUUUACUCACGCACGCACGUCUCUCGCAUACUGAUUUUCAAUAUGAUGUGCAAGGUGCUAUUGUUGGCUCUUGUGGGCGCCGCGUGCGCAGCCUCCGUGGAGAAGCGCCAAGGGACCCCCGUAGCCCAGGCGAGAGACGGAGCCCACGGACACUCAGGGCACGGCGGUGGCUCUUCUUACGCCGCUCCUGCUCCCUCCUCCUACGACGAGGGCGGCUCCCAGGGCAACCUUUACUACUACUACUACCCCGUGUCAGAGUACGGUUCCGCUGAGGUCGCUGAGGGAGGCUUCGAUGUCUUCGCUGCUGUAAUCCUCCCUCUUCUGAUCAUCGGUGGUAUUCUGCUGAUCCUGUCCUCACUUACCUUCACGCUUACCAACGGUAGAGCGAUGUCCGACGAGCCCCGCGAGGCCUCCAUUGUGGACGAGUUGCAUGAUGAGAUCGAGCGCGUGUUCUACCUCUACCUGAACGCCUUUGAGAGCGAGCAAUGCAUCCAGAGGACCAUCUGUCAGCUCGGCACCUACGCCAAGGACUUCAAGGGCAAGAACUUCGUCCUCAGCCUUGUGGAGACCCUGGCGCCUGAGGGAAUGAAGAACAACGUGGCUAUCUUCGCGAAGGCCGCCAAGUCUGGUUACGACACCGGCAAAUGCAAGCAGUUUAGGUGCGUCGCUCCGAAGCUCCUGGACAACUGAGCCUUCCCCUGACUAACUUGACUGACCCGACGAGCUGCCUUGACUGCGUAACCCGACAGCGGACUGAACUAUCUGACACGGACCGACUUAAUUGCUUAUUGAUUUUUCGGCGUUCGGAGGAGAGAUUAAAAAAAUGAGUUAGCUUUUUUUUUUUUGGAGGAGUUAAAAAUAAUAUAUAUAUACAUACAGAUGGACGCUCACGUGAUGUAAUGAGACUGUGCUGUUGCUGUGAGUGUUCGUAUGUGUGUGUGUGCAGUACGUAUGACUGGCUUUCGUUGUGUCGUGUGUUCCUUUUUGAAUUGAUGGAGGUUUUCGUGUUCUGAGUUCCCCCGCUGUCUCCCUUCACUGCUGGUCAGUCCUAGGUGAGCAGUGAUAUGAAAUACGUCCUUUAUUUAAAGAUCUUAUAGUCUGCCCUGUAAUUUAAAUACCUUGAUUUAAAUACCCUAUCCACGUAUCCUUUAAAUGCCUCCUAUCCAGACAUCAAUUAUUUAAAUACCGUAUCCUACUCGUACUUUAAUUUAUUUACCUUAUCCUACACCGAAUAUCCUUUAAAAAUGUCUUAUCCUUAAUCCUUAUACCUUCCGACCCACUCAUGUAAUUUAAAUACCACAUCCCAUCCGUACAAUCUUCCUUAAUUUAAAUGUUUGACACUCAUUCAUUCCCUUUAACUAUUUUGUAUAUUUCUAUGAAUAGUAUUUAUUUAUUUUUACCUUGCUGUCGUAUGUCGGAGUGACCGAUCCGGGAUAAAAGAGUUGAUAAUGCUGAUGACUUUUCUACAAAUCUCAGGGUUGUUUUUUUGUUGUUGUUAUUUUUAUUUUUCGAUGUUGCUACCAUAUGAAAAUUGUACUUGUUAUAUUACACUAAAGAUACAAUUUGUAAUCAAUAUGGCGUCUUAUUGUUUUGUUUUGUUUGUUUGUUUGGUCUUGGUCAUUUGUUUUUAUUUAGCUCGAGUCCCUCCAUGAAUCGGACGCAGCAGCUGCAGGCCCACAAAUAUUCCUCUGUUUUCUUUGAGUUCUGCCUUCAGUGCCAUGUUCUUCCUGUCUUAAAAAAAGAAAAAUAGAAGAAUCACGGUUUGUAUUUCCUCUUACCUCGUCUUCAACAGUUCCAUGUGACCCUAAAUUAAUCAGUUUAUCCUUCCAACACUCAUUUUCCUUUUUCCCUGAACGAUUCACUCUAAAAAAUUGUUGAUUUCUGAAAGCCAAAGAGGAACCACAGUGGCGUAAGAAAAGGAAGUUUCAUAAUGUUUCAGAAUUGCAUUUACGAUCUUUUCUCGAGUGGUUCAGUGGUACAGGACUUGACUUGAGGUUCACGUGUUGCCAGUUCGAUGCUCUUGGCUCAUGGUAAUCCCUCGGUAGAAGAGGCAGCGUCUCUCUCUUGCUAGAAGCAAUAAUAAUCUCAAGUCUUCAUCCUUGGCCGGUUAGGUUAAUAUUUAGUUCUGUAAUUCUUGGUUCAAUAAUUGGUUCUAUUGUUGUACUUGGUUCUUCUCCUUGAUACUGUACUUAAUGUUGGUUCUGCAAUAAUUCUUGUACAUGUAUAAUUAACUUUCCAUCCUGUAAUUCUUCCAGUAACUCUCUUUGGUCCUACAAUUCAUUUACGUUGUACAAUUCCUGUUCUAAUUCUCCAAGUUGUAUAUACAUCUCGCCUCAGUCACUCUUCCUGGUUUUACUCUGUUCAGCACACAAGCUCUCGAGGUAUCACCAGUACAGUUGCUCGCUCCUAACAUACCGCAGCUCACAUAUGUACAUAGUUACAUAUCCUAAGUCUUUCACUCACCAGUCUUCCCCUUCCUGUCAUCCAUUUAGCCAACACUUGCAUUAAUGUUCCCACGUCAAUUAGGAGACUGCUGUAAGGCUGCCUGCACCUGUUUCCUUGCAUUUCGAGUAAUUUCACUUCUCCUGCGUUUUGUUUUAUUUUUUUCAUUAUUACUAUUGUUAUCGUUGUUAUUUUUGUUCUUUAUUCUGGAGAAGUUUCAUCUCGUUUGUUUUUUUGUUGUUGUUUUUUUUCAUAACAGGAGUAUUGUUAUUAUUAUUAUUAUUAUUAUCUGUUUUUUUUCUCUCUGAGCUUUGUAAAUACAUUGGCCCUUAAAGUAUAAUGUGUUGUAUGAUUGUAGGGCUGCUUUUGUUAUAUAGCUAUAUCCUUACUAGAUAGAGAGAGAGAGAGAGAGAGAGAGAGAGAGAGAGAGAGAGAGAGAGAGAGAGAGAGAGAGAGAGAGAGAGCCUACCAGCCAGCCAGCCAGACGGACAGACUGAGUGACAGAUAAACAGUCAAUCAGUCAGUUACUCAGUCAGCCAGUAAGUCAGUCAGCCAGGCAGACAACCAGACACACAGACAACCAGCCAACCAGAGAUAAACAGACAACCAAAUAGUCAGUCAAUCAGUCAAGACAGACAGACAGACGGACAAACAGGCAGACAACCAGCUAACCAUCCAGACAAACAGAAAAGCAACAACAAUCAACAAAUAAAAAAAAUAAAAUAAAAUAAAACAGAAAACUAAUAAAAUUCCUUUAGAAAACCUUACAAUAUAUUCAAAUCCUACUGAAAGAGUACUGAAUUCUGUAUAAGAGCGUCACGAAACACUUAAGGCUUCGAACCAGGUGUCACUCACUCAGUUGCUUCGGUCCUUUGGCUCUCGUGACGUGCAGUAAAGGUGUGGGACGUGCUGUCAUUAAUAACGUACUUAGCAUGACGUGUGUGGCGAUGUGGUGACGUGUGGUUCAGGAAAGGGUCUCUGAUCUGUGACCCGCCGGAAGGGACGUGAAAUCUGUAUAUGGGGAGAGAAUUCACGGUGGGUUCUCUCGCUCCCAGUGACUCGUUCUGACUGCCACCGCGCAACCUCACGCUCAGAUCCUAUAAAAGCUUACAGCGUCGACACUCCGCUCAGUGUGUCAAGUCCCUGCAGCUGCUGCUUCUCCUCCGCAACAUGGCCUCCGCCGCCGCCACAACCGCCACCUGCGCCGCCCUUUUGCUUGUGGCGUUGCUUCCGCUGCUAGCCACGCCCGCCGAGGCCGAAAGUUACGAGUAUCAGUCCUCUUACGACCAUGACUGGGCUCCUGCUUAUCAGAGGCAGCAGUACUGGGGGCGGCCGCGGGCUCAGAGACGCACCUUGUGGCAAACAGCUCGGUCCCUCAUGCCGCGCUUCGCCGAUGUGGCCUAUGAGACAGCCAGCUCCUUCUCGCUCCCCGCUAUCGCCCUCAUCACCCUCUUUGUGCUUUGGCCUGAACACAAACACUACAGGACCAAGAGAGACGCCGGCGAAUCCGAGGACGAGAGCACGAACCAGCUGGCGAUGCACUUAGGGAGAAUCUUCGCUGCUGCAGUGGAGGGGGAUGAGUGCAUGCAGAGAGUGGCGUGUGAGAUCGGUGCUGUGACCACCUCUCUUCAUCCGACCCAAACGAAGCUGUUGACGAGACUGGUGACCUCCCUCGCCCCCGCUAAGUAUACCACGUUGCUCAAGACCUUCAAGACGGGAGCCACGACCGCGCGCUGCGACAAACACGCCUGCGACUUGCUGCACCUCCAACAAUGAGCACGCGGGAAGCCCAGGGCGGCGCGUUGAGGCCUUCAAAUUAACCAAGACUUCUACAGAGGAGUUAUUCACGUCUGAAGAACACAAGGGCUUGGCUUUGACUUGAGUUUCCUUUCCAUCUCGUCUUCAGAAGCUUGUGCAAUAUUCUGGGUCUUUUAAAGAGACGUGAAGUGAGGCAUAUCCAAAGUAAUGAUGCUAAUGCACUUCCCAUAAGCCUCAUUACAUCUUGGACAUUUAGGAUGCUCUUAUAGUCCUGCAAGAUCUGUCUCGUGUCUCUCAGUGCUGCGGGGAGAUGGCCUUUGUUGUCUCCUACUGAGGCACUAAUUGACUUUGUUGUUAGGUCGGCUUAUUUCUGUCUACCUGAGUGUAAGGUGCUAGGGACUUUUGUUCGAUCUGGUUAAAGUUGACUUCGUUGUUACAUUGGUUUAUUUCUGUUCUAAGUUCGUAAAGGUAGAAGUUAGUUUGCGAGGCAGUGUUGCUAGAUUCGCUUAUCUGUUAGUACCAGUUCGCCGCACAAUGCAAGUUAGUAAAACAUUUCUUGAUUUUCAUUGUUAGAUCGACUUAUUUCUCUUUGUACGUAAGUUAGUAGUAAAUGUAGUUUGUUAAAGAUUGCUGUCAAAUUUGCUUAUCGAUUAGUACUUGUUCACCAACCAAUGUAGAUUAGCGAAACAUUACUAGACUUCACUAGAUCGGCUUGUUUGUCUGUAGAGAUUAGUAAAGCAAGUGCAUAGUUAGUUUGUUAGCGACAUUGUUGUUAGAUUAGACUUCGAAAUUAUGUGAAAAAUUAAACAUCCCAAGACCAAUAGUAAAGACAGCGCUUGAUGAGACUUAGACUUGAGAACAAUCGAUGAAAAUUUUAAUAUAUCACCAUCGUCUCAAGUUAAUGAAUCCAAGAGCGAUGGAGAAGCGGCCUCAGUGGUUACAUCCUUGCACUACAAAUAUAUCACGUGUUCGAAUCCUUUAUUUUAUGUAGGCUCUAAGUGGCAUAUAGUGCAUCUCCUGUUCGGAUCCCGUUCGGCAUUACGGUUAUUAUUGAUGUUUUCUCGCAGGGCAUCAACUCACUAAGUUAUUAUUGCUACUAAUAUAGUUGAUAAGUUACGGUUCCCGCUGGUCGGGCAGUACACAGUAAGUUAAGUUAUAACGUUAAGACAAACCAAUACUAUGGUAAAAAAAAUGUG